UGUACAGCCGAGCCAAAGUCGAGUGGAAAGAAGCAUGGCUGCGUUGUCUAGAGGCUCUCGACAUUUAUUGUUCAGUUGGAAUAAGCAUGUCGCGCUUGCUUUUGCACGGCCUUUGGCCUCAAAGACACCGGUGGGUUUUAUUGGCCUGGGAAACAUGGGAAGUCCAAUGGCCAAAAAUCUGCUCAAAAACAGUUAUCCUGUGAUUGCUACUGAUAUCUUUCCUGAGUCAUGCAAGGAGCUGCAAGACUUGGGUGCCCAGGUGGUGGACUCACCAGCAGAGGUGGCAGAGAAAGCGGACCGCAUCAUCACAAUGCUGCCAUCUAGUCCCAAUGUCAUAGAGGUCUACAAAGGCCCCAGUGGCAUCCUCAAGAAGGUGAAGAAGGGAACAUUGUUGAUUGAUUCCUCCACCAUUGAUCCUGCAGUCUCAAAAGAGAUGGCUCUCGCUGCAGACAAGAUGGGUGCCGUGUUCAUGGAUGCUCCAGUAUCAGGAGGUGUUGGAGCCGCCAAUAUGGCCAAGCUAACUUUCAUGGUCGGUGGUGUUGAAGAGGAGUACCAGGCUGCACAGGAGCUGCUCACCUGCAUGGGCGCCAAUGUUGUGUACUGUGGAGAGGUUGGCAAUGGACAGGCAGCUAAGAUCUGCAACAACAUGCUGCUAGCCAUCGGAAUGAUUGGGACAGCAGAGACCAUGAACCUUGGCAUCAGGAUCUUGGUUUGGCCCAAAACACUGCUACCAACACGAAGACACCCAUCCCCCUGGGUUCCCUGGCCCACCAGAUCUACAGAGUCAUGUGUUCCCGUGGCUACGCUAACAAGGACUUCUCAUCCGUCUUCCAGUUUCUACGUGAGGAGGAAGGGCAGUGAAAGGAGGGGGAGCACUAGUAACUGUGAUCCCCCACCCACACCCAUAUAUGCACACCUAAAGUACAGCCCCCAUGCCCCUUAUCCCACUUUUCUCAGGAGAAACAAGCUGUCCUUGGAGACAGAGCUGCCAACCAAUUAACAUCCCGUGUGUUGAUGUUCUUUUAUUGGAUCACCACCAACAUAUUUUGAAUUUCUGUUUCCACACUCUACAAGUGAUCAUAGAUCAGCAUCUAGAGACGUCACCUCAUCUUUUUAGUGAAUUUCUUUCUUGCGCAAGCACUGACAGCAAAUGCAAGUUUACAGUGUUUGUUGUGUUUUUGUGGUUUUCCUUUUGUCCCAGUGUAGGGUCAUUAAAAUCAGCCACACACCUUUCAUGUAACGGUCUUGUUACAACAGUGUGUUUUUGAUGGGUCUCUAGUGUAAUUGUUGCAUACGGUUAAAGCUAUAAGUACUUGGACAGUGUUCACGUUUGUUUUUUGUUAUUGUUUUUUGUCUGUUACAGAAUAUUGGACUAGAAGACAAAUGAUAAAUGCAAGGUCAAAGUGGAGCCUCUCACCUUUAAUUUGAGGGUGUUUACAUCCUAAUCGAGUGAAAGGUGUAGCAGUUAAUGUAGGGCUUCUUAUUUUCUCUGGACUAAAAUCUAACUGGACAGUUGAUAGUUGACAGUCUCAGCUGUUUCACAGCCAGGUGUGAGUUAAGUUACAAGUUACCAAGUAAAAGGUUACCUGUCAGUAUUAAGUAGAAAGAGGUACCACUGCCAAUGAAACAAAGAGGCAUGAGAUGGCAAAAUCACUUGUAUUUGUUACAUCUUUGUAAGCACUUUGAGUGUCUGCUCACUGAUGUAGAAGUGAUACGGAAAUACGGUCCAUGUACGAUUAGUACAAGACUGUAAUCACGACUUUUGCUUUCAAUUUCGUUAUGUUGUAAUUAACAGCUAAAAUAGCACCAAGCUUGCCAAUCCAAUGUCAAAGCAUUUGACCAAACUUAAGAUGUCACUGGAGUCAUUCCGUCACGCUCCAUGCGUUUGUUGAGUUAAUGGAGUACACUGGUAUGUUUUUCUUACCUCCAGGUACACUAUUUUUAGUUUCUCUUUCAUAGUACAUUUACAUUACUGUACUGGAUAGACCAGUUCUGCCUUUACAAAUGCUGUGAAAUGGUUUUGUUUGUUUUCAUUGUGUGAGAUGUGCUGGAUCAUUUCAAGAUGCUGGUAUUGAAUCGAUUUUAAACUUACCACUAUGCGUUGUUGUGUAACUCUCUUUGUCAAACCACUCUAGUAUUGUGACCAAAAUAAUAUUUUUUGAAAAUGUUAGCCUACAUAUUCCACAAAUGUUCUUACUGCCUGGCACAUUCUGUUGACCCCUUUGAGUCGAUUAAAAUAUUUCAGAGUA